AUGUCAGAGCUCACUCGUACUCUGCCUGCUUCCUGGUAUUGCAGCCAGCCGUUGUAUCAAAUGGAGCGGCGGGCUGUCUUUCUCAAAUCCUGGUACUUACUCGGCCCAGUCACCCGAUUCCAAGUUGUGGGCGAGCAUGUAGCCUAUGAAGUUGCACAGCAGCCUGUCUCUGCCGUUCGCACCUCGGGGGAGACAUUAAACCCUGUUGCCGAGGAGCUGGAGGUGGUGUGCAAGAAGACGGGUAAAACGCUGCGCAGCCAUCUCACGCCAACCGGGCUUCUCUUCUCCACUAUAUGCGACGAUGCUCCUAGCUUCCAUGAGUUCUUCCCAGAGCUCGAGGAGCUACUUGACAAAGUCGACUUUACUAAGCUGCCACAUCGCCACAGCAUCAAGUAUGAAGGCCGAUUCAACUGGAAAACCAUGGUCGAUGGAUAUCAAGAAUGUCUCCACUGCCAGUACACCCACCCGUCCUUCUCGGCCUACUAUCCGCCGACCUUCUACACGGUGCGCAACAAACACAAUUUCUCGCAGCACAUUGCCGAUCCAAAGAAACCAGACGAUGGCUUGUUCUUAUACUUCUUCCCCAACUGUACAUUAAAUGUUUAUGGCGGUGGUAUGUCUUCCUUCAGAGUGUGUCCGACCGCCGAUCCGCACGUCACCCGGAUGGAAUUCGAUUAUUAUCAUCUCGAAUCCGGAGAGAAGUUUGACCAGUACUUCAAGUUUGUGCGUCAGGUUGCAAUGGAAGACUUUGAGCUGUGCGAGAAGGCCCAGAGCAAUCUGGCCAAGGGGGUUUAUCACGAAGGAAUCCUGAACCCGGAGAAGGAAAAUGGCGUCUCAUAUUACCAAAGCCGCGUUUUCGAUAUGGUCUGCGAACAGCACGAGUCUGACAGAGCCGCCAAGUUGGUCGAAGGGACUGGAAUAAAGGAGCAUGCCGUGCCUUCUUUGGUGCAGAUGACAGCGUAG